AUGUUCUUCUUCUUCGUGUGCGGCGAGCACACCUUCCGCAAGCCCGUCGAGGGUUACGAGGGCAUGGUCUGCCAGUGCUACAACUGCGGCAACAUGGCUGGCCACGUCAUCAAGAGCCAUCCGUGGUUCACGUUUUGCUGGAUUCCUGUCAUCCCCUUGUCUUUCAAGGGCUACACCGAUGUUGUCUGCCACAUCUGCAACUUCGCCCAGCCGCUCGAAAACCGCCCUGAUGUCACAUCGAUGAAAGGCGGCGGUCAGAUGUACCCUCAGCCUGUCCAUGGACAGCCUCCUCAAGGAUGGGGUCAAGCGCCACCUCAGUACCGAUGA